GUUUGCGCAUGCCCAGAACCAGCGACGCAGAACCCACACAACUUGUAACGGGACAGCACCGGUUGCGGCUACAUUUAACCCCAAGGCGCACGAAGAUGUUUUUGUACCAAGAUUUUUCAUCACCACCAACGACAGAAGCAAGCGACAACUUUUAACACACAUUUUACCAGUUCUGUCGCCAUGAUUUCUAAACACAGGCCGCCGAUAAUGAAGUUUGGAAACCGGGUGAGACUUUCUUGAGAAGAUGAGCUUCGGAGUGCCUGCUAACUCUCUGUUACUUUUCCGUGCUUGCGAUGAGGGAGAUUACGAAACGGCCCGGGGGAUACUGGAGCCAGGAGCGAAGGAAUCCGGUAGGCAGAGCAGGCUGCGGUCCGAGGCGGGAUCGGAAUGCAACGUCGUGGACAUCACCCGGGGACCGUCCCUCGUACCCGUGGACGGCACGGACGAGGAGGGGAACACCGCCCUGCAGUUCGCCUCAGCCAGUGGCCAUGAAAACUUGGUUCGGUUCCUUCUACGCAAAGGGGCCUCGGUGGACAGCCGGAACAACUACGGCUGGACACCGCUGAUGCAAGCGGCGAGGUUUGGGCACCUGAACGUCACCCACAUCCUACUGGAGAACGGGGCGGAGAUAAACGGCCGAAACCGCCUUGGUGCAAGCGUCCUGUCCAUGGCGGCUAGAGGAGGCCACGCCCACGUGGUCAAACUCCUCUUGGAGGGCGGAGCCUAUGUCGACGAUUACGACCACCUGGACAUCGCCGCUGAGGGCGUUUCUAUAGGCAGCGGCAGCAGCGGUGGCAACAAUAACAACAACAGCAGCAGCCUGUCGGGUCUAGGCGGCGGCGGCGGCAGCGAGGGCUGCGCGGGCGGUGGUCUCGGGGGCUGUGGGGUCGGCGGAGCGGGGGGCAGGGAGUUCAUGGACAUCACAGCCCUGCUGGUGGCCUCGCUGCACGGCCACGAGGCGGCGGUGCGCCUGCUGCUGGAGUGGGGCGCCGACGUCAACUUCUCCCAGAAGACCACCGGCUGGGGGGCGCUGAUGCUGAGCACCCUCAGCGGGAAGUCGGUGGGCGUGGCUCAGCAGCUCGUGGAGAGGGGGGCGGACCCGGACCGGCUCAACGUGUGUUCAAAGACGGCCUUUGAGCUGGCUAUGGACCUCAGGCAGAGAGACAUCAAGACCUACCUGGACCCCAUCACCACCGUACGCCCUCAGACUGAUGACGAGAAGAGAAGGCCCGAUGUGUUCAGUGCCCUCAAGUUAGGGAAUUCUCAGCUGGUGAAGGAGAUCUUGGAGGAGGACCCCGCUCAGGUGAACUCGUCCAAUCAGGAGGGAGCGUCGCCCCUGAUGAUGGCGGCAGUCAGUGGGCAGCUUGAGGUGGUGCAGCUGAUGGUGGACAAGAACGCUGAUAUAGACAAACAAGAUGGCGUCCACGGGUGGACCGCUCUGAUGCAGGCCACGUACCACGGUAACAAGGACGUAGUGAAGUACCUGCUGAGCCAGGGGGCCGAUGUCCACCUCCGGGCUAAGAACGGCUACACUGCGUUUGAUUUGGUCAUGCUUCUGAACGACCCAGACACAGAGCUGGUGCGUCUGUUGGCAGGCGUGUGCAUGCAGGUCGACAAGGGCAAGGGGAAGCCCCGCAGUCGGGCCUCCAUGUUGCUCUCCAAGAACCGCCGGUUGCUAGGCAACAUCCCCGUCCCUCCCGACGAUAAGGGGGGUCUCAAGUCGUGGUGGAACAGAAUGUCCAAUCGGUUUCGCCGGCUCAAGCUGACCCACACCCUGAGGCACGGCCUUUCCUCCAAUCGCCUUGCUCCGUUCCCCGACGAUAACGAGGCCUCAUUGGACGCGACCCUGAGAGUGGACAGGAAGCCAGCGGUUGGAGCAAAUGGGGCGCUGGCCUCCCCUUCCUCCACGGUGGCCAUGAGUGACAUCAGCACCAUGUGGGCGGUCAAAACCAUGGAUUCAGGUCUCGGAAGCGCAGGCUCGGAGAACGAGGACGCCCUGAUCUCAACCAUGCUGAGAGACGGCGCCCCGCUGACCCGGCUGCCCAACGACAAGCUGAAGGCCGUCAUCCCGCCCUUCCUGCCCCCCUCCAACUUCGAGGCGUGGAACUCUGACCGCUCGCGCCUCCUCAAGGAGCCGCCGCCCCGCCUCCCCAUGCCCCCCCAGAGGAAGCUGAACAGCAGCGGGAACUCCGACAUAACGUCAGUCAGCCGCGUGGUGAACAGGUCCAUCAAGUUCCCCAGCAUCUCCAAGGGGCCCUCGUCCUCGUCCCCCUCCAACUCAGGACACUACCACUCCCCCCACUCCUCGGGGGGGUCCAACGGAGUGGCGGGAAUCAACCGAGACUCACACAACCGCUCUGGGGGCAGUGCAGACAGCGUCCUGUCUCAGAUCGCUGCCCAGAGGAAGAAGGCAGCGGGCCUGGUGGACCCGAAGGUCCCGGCCCCUGACAAACAGAGCAGCCAGACCCAGGUUCAGAUCCAGAACCAGCCCCAGCUGCCCGCCUCAGUACCCGGUCCAACGGUGGCCGACACCAGCCUCCCAGACAUCCACGCUACCCCCAGUCUGGUCGGAUGCGACGUC